AUAAAUGAGCUUUGCGUGCUAUAAAACUCUCCCAAAUGGACCACUACCGGAGUGCCCUAACUGAAAUUUUCGUCAACCUCUGUGAUAAUCCCUUCUCUUCCUCUUCUCCUGAUCUUGAUUGAUUGAUUGCGAGUCGUCCGAUGUGGAAGGGGCGAGAGGAAAAGGAGACGGCGAUGCGGCGACACCGCUGGCUCCGCCAGAUCGGCAUUCUGCUCCGCUGCUUCGAGGCUGCCUCUGCCGUCCUCCUCCUCUCCUGGUCCUCCGACCGCGCUCCUGCUGCAGCUCGCCUCACCGCCGACUUUUUCCGCCGCCUCGCCGCCAUCCUCCUCAGUCCCCGAUUCGUCUUCCUCAUCGGCAACGCCAUCGUUCUCCUCCUCUUUUCCAAAUCCCACCAACGGUACUCUUCGCACUCCCUCUCCGCUUCCGCCGCCGAUAUCUACCAAGAGUUCCUCGAGAGCCGCGGUAGCGGCGGCCACCUACCCUGCUCCCAGGCGCCGUCGUCGUCGCCGCAUGAAGAAGCGAUCUACGAUGACAAGGAGGUUUGCAUCGAGACGCCGGCGUACCAAAGGAGCCGGUCUGAGAGAACGAGGCGGCGACGGGGCGCGCGGCCUGGGCUCCGGCGGGCUGCGACGGAUUUAGGAUUGGCGAAGGGGACGAAGUUAGUCCAGGAUCACGAAGACGAGAAGGCGGCGGAGGCAUCAGACGCGGAGGAGUUCCGGCGAGUUGUCGAGGCGUUCAUCGCGAAGCAAACUAGGUUUCUCCGCGAGGAGGAAUGCAGCGCUGCUGUCUCGCUCUCGCCCACGCCCACCUUAUCGGAACACCACAAGGCAGUCUCGCUGUUCAAUAACUAGAAUUAGAAAUGGAGAACAGAAUUUCCCAUCGCAGUGUUGAAAUGCAUUCACAAGAUACCAUAAGUUAUAAUUUCCUGUCCUCCAUUUCAAAAUAAAUGCUCAAAAAAGUUCACAUUUCUCGGGACUAAUUUGCUCAAAAAAACAAAGGAAAAAAAAUCACA